UCCAGUGAAUCUCAAGUGUCUUGAACACUCCCCUGUAGCUUAUUAAUUUAAGUUAACAACAUCUGUGUUUAAAAAAAAUUCUCAUCUCUUAUUAUUCUUAUUAUCAAUGACAGUUGUCAGUUUGCUAAACUUCAGACAAUCUUAUCAACUCUGCUCAAGAUAAACCUGUGACAUUCAGUUACUAACAUCCAAACAAAUUGGGCGCUUUUAUUUCUUUAAAACUCAGUAGUUUACAUUAUUGAGAGUUGGUUUUUAUUUUUUUGUAAUAUUUCUUGAAAAGAUGGCAUCAAACGACCCUGAACUCAAAGAUACUUUUGGACUUCCUACCUGGAUGAAGACCAAACCUGUUAAAGAGUUUGAACCGUUUGCCAGUUCGCCUCCAGCACCAGAAGACUCAUUCUUCUACAUCCGCUAUCCAAAGCCAGAAAAUUUAUUUGACAAUACGAAAGUGGAGCAAGAUAUACCUAGGAUUCUACCAGACUCCAAGAAUUUGCUUGCCGCUGCACAAUUCAACGUAAAAGAAAAGGACUGGUCGAAACACACCAAGCCUUGCCAAGACGUGCUUCAUGGGAUUUCUAAUAUUAAUACGGCAGCAAGUUCCGUAACAUCGAAGUCUAAAUCUGCGGGUACCGACGACGGAUUCAAAGGCGAGGGUGCGGCAUGCGGCACUUCUGUCGUUAAGGUCGCACAUCAAAUGAUAUCCACCCGCGUUACUCCUCAAUCCCGUGGUUACACAGUGGCGGCCCCAGCAGACGACGCGGAAAGUAUCAGUGCCGAAGCUCAGCAUUACAAUUUGAUGGCUCGUCGAGGCAGCAAGAGUUUGCCUACCACUCCCUUGCAAUCCCCUCACUCGAGUCCAACCAGUCGGAGACGAAAAAAUGGUAACCGCUACUUCACGUCUCCGUUCGAGCCAGUCGGGGACGGCAGCAACCGCUCCUGGCUCACCAUGGCCCUUCUCGGUUUCAAGAAGGAUCUCGCCGCUUCCACUUCAACACUCGCAGAGGAAGACGCUAUUGAGGCCAGGUUACACGGUGGUUCUCUAGCGGAAUCUGUGGAAAACCUCGGUCCAGCACCAAAAGGCAAAGAGCCAAAUGUCCUUUCAAGCGAAGUUACACAACAGCCUAAGCUCUCGAAACCAGCUCACGCGUUCCGCCCAAAGCCAUCGGAGUUGCGAGAGAUGAACUUCUGGUCACCCACUUCUAUGUAAACAGAUAGGGAGGGUUAUUUUUAUUUAUAUUCCAUUUUUAUUUAAUACUCUCAAGCACGUGUGAGUUUUAUUUGUAAUGCGAAUGAGUGAUUUGAUCUAUACAUAAAUAAUAGUAUUUUUUUUGGUAAGUUACUUAUUUUAGGAUUGGCAUAACGGACUAUCUUGCUCAAGUUUACGUAAUGUAUUUAUUUUGAUAGUAAAAUUAUUUUGUACCCAAAUUGCAAAGUGCAUUGUCGUGUUCAGCAAAUAGGAACUAAGCAAGAAAUAUUAGUCUUGCUUUCGUACAAAAAAGAACAGUAUGUAUUAUUAUACUUUGAUAACCGUACUCUAUGAUACAAUACAUUUAAAGAUCUAUUAUGUAUUUUUUCUUGUGUGGUAUAUGAUAUGGUAAAUGAUACUAAAAUGUCACACUCAGAAUAAAUGCAUUAGAUAAAGUUGAGUUUACAGUCCUGAGCCCUUGAUAAGAACAGUCCGAAGUGUCAAUGAUUUCGUGCUCUUAUUGUUUGUAGUUUUUUAAUAUUACUUUGCACAAAAGACAUUUUUUAAUAAAAUUAUUUUGGCCUAAUGUAUGUCUGCCUGAACAAGUGUAGUUCCAAGUCCACAUUCGUAUUAUAAAGAAGAAUUCUUACAAUUCCUAAGUAGAGUACUAUCAUUGUUUUUCAAGUGGCUAACCAAUGUCAAUACUCUACAUGAAAUACGUGUUUUACCUUAAGAAAGUAUUGCAUGACUGAUAGCAUGAGGUAAAAAGCAUACAUGCUUCCUUAUUCAAGAUUCUAUUGUUCUAAGAUUCUAGGGUUGCUAUAUGUAUACAACUGUGUUUUAAACUUGUGAAAUUCGCGAACUUCGAUUUUUUUAGUUAAUAAUAUGAAUAAAUAUUGAAUUUACUUUAUUCAUUUUGUAUAACAGUUGAGUCAAUCAGUAGAGUUUGGCGCCGGCGCCACAGCUGCUGCACUUUUCUUGUCUGCCACCUCUGAUGUCGUUCGACUUAUCACUUUAUCGAUUAUGUUAAAACAAAAUCAGUACUUAGAUUACGUGACAACGCUCUAUGGCGGUAUUACACAUAAUGGAAUAAUAGUUUGUCCAGAAAUAAAAAAAUAUGUAAUCUAAAAUUCUCGUAUCGCUGGCAACCUUGAAUUACGCUUGAGGGAAAAUUGGCUUGAGGUAGCUUCAAAUAAACGCCAAGUUUGUAAUACAUUUCUAUUCAGAAAUAUGCUCUCUAGAUAUAUAAUAUGGGGUGAAAAAAAAACUUUUUAACUUAAAGUUUAUACUUCAGCUACACUUUUUUAAUAUUGUUUAAUAUUGUGAUCAUGUCGAGAGCGUAUCUUUUACUGGUGUAUUGCAUUAUUUAGUUAGAGAACAUUGAAUUUGACCUGCCUUGCAUUCGUCAUGGCAGAUUCACUUCUUUGUUAUCUAUUAUUCAAACCAACCAUUGUAUGUGCUCUCGCAUAUCCAUUUGAUUCAAAUUUAGAAACGAACGACGAUGGUUAAGUUAAUGUUCUGUUCUGAAUUAAUGAUUCCAUUAACUAUAAGCCAUUUCAAUGCGCUGAAUGUACGUAAAAGUAUUUAGAUGAAGGUAGAUGCAGUUCGUAAUUUUAUUGGAAUAUAUUUUGCCCUUAUAUAUCUAUUUGCAUAUCUUUGUGAUUUAUCAACUUAUGAUUAGUGAUUAUAACAUACAUAUGUAUAAGUACAGUACAAUAGAUACUAUAUUAUUAUUUUUAAUGGAAAUUAAUGCGUAAAAUCUACUUAACGUUCAAUUGCAUGAAUUAUUAUAUAUUAAGUAUUUAGUGACGUUUGUGUGAGAAAUUAUAUUUUUUGGUGGUUUUUUUUGUAUGGAUGGUUGAUUCAGUAAGUUUUUUUGACGAUGGCCAGAUUGUUGUAGAAAAAUAGAUACGUAUAUAAUUACGUUCGUAUACAAUUUACGUGUAUAAGAUCGUUGGUUGGAAUCUAUUUUCGAACCGUUCGAUUUUAUUUCACCCGUACAUAGUUUUGCCAGAUGUUUUGAUAUGAUGGUGGAUAUUUCGAUGAACUCAACAAAUGAACAUCUUUUGAAUAUUGACUUUGACAAUAUUUCUUUACGAUGUUAUUAUAAGAGUAUUGUUCUAAUGUAAGUAUGUAUAUCAUGUUCUGUUUUUUACACUAUUUUUAUUUAUUACGCGUUCGUAUCAUAAUAGAUCUUUUGAAAUCUGCCUGGAAGUGUCUUACUGUCUGAAGUAUUAUUUCUUAUUAAUUUAAGUUGUUACUUUCAAUGAAUUUCUCUUUAUUAGUUCACAAGUUGGAAACCGAAUUUAAAUUUACAUAGCGUUAAUUAAAAAGUUCACUUUUAGUAGAAGUUUUAAAAUUAUUCUCAUAGCAUUGUCAUUUAUUAUGCUCGUAACAUAAGUGAUGGUGUUAAGAUUUUAAACACAGAAUUAAGUAUAAGAAUGAUUAAUUAUUAAUUAUUAAAUAAACGUUUCCGUUAUAUGUGGUAACU